UCUACAGCUUCUUCUUUUUCCAGAUUCACUUUGUUCUUCUCAUCAGCAGACAAGGCAAAGUCAGGCUCACAAAAUGGUACUCACCUUAUUCACAAAAGGAGAGAACAAAGGUUAUCCGGGAGUUAAGUGGUAUGAUUCUAACGCGAGGUCCCAAGCUGUGCAAUUUUGUGGAGUGGAGGGGAUAUAAAGUUGUUUACAAAAG